UAAGUAUUUAUAAUUGGAUCUUAUAUAAACCAUUUACUAUCAUUUGAAUAAAUAAAUGAUAUUAUGCUGCAUAGCUAAAAGUCAAAAGAUAUACCAUUAGCAACUUUCACUAUUUUCGCAUAUUUUAUACUUUUCUUUCUGUGUAAUGUACUAACAUAUGUAGAAAUGGCAUGUGAAAUUUUCUAAAACAAGUAGAAAGGGCUAGGCUAACGUAUUUUGACUAUAUUUCCAAGUUGGGCAGAAAGGGGCCAAAAGGGUUUAUCAUGCUGAGCCUGAUUAUUGAAUUCUUAUGAUUAAAUUUGACAGUGACCUUUUUGUCUCUUGUGCCACAUUUUUUUAUACAUCUCUACUUUCUUUGCCUGAUGUUAUUAUUAUGUUUUUUUUCCUUCAAUUCUUAAACUCAACUUUUUCAGUGCUUAACAUAAUGGCUUUUUAUUUGUGUCUCACUAAUUCUUAACUUGUGGGGUAUGUUUCAAUAGGUAGAAAGAUUAUCUUUAUUUGGCGUUAAUGGUAAAAUGUCUCCUUGAGUAAAUUGAGAGUUGUUUUGAUAUUCCCUAUUAACAAACUGGGACGGCUUUCUAUGCAAGGUUUCAUCUAGUAUUCUAGUGCUGCUUUUUAAGUUAUAAAGUGGUUGAAUCACAGGGUGCUGUUGAGAGUUUACUGGAGCGUAGUUCACACGUGCAACUUGCUGAUGGAUCCUUGGUUCCAAUAGAUGAUCAAUGUAGGGAAAUACUUCUUCAAAGACUCCAGGAAAUGAGUUCAAAGGGAUUGCGUUGCUUAGGUUUUGCAUUCAACGAUGACUUGGGAGAAUUUUCAGAUUACUAUGCUGAAACUCAUCCUGCUCACAAGAAAUUGCUUGAUCCAACAUACUACUCAUCCAUUGAAAGUGAUCUAGUUUUUGUUGGCAUUGUUGGCUUAAGGGACCCUCCCCGUGAGGAGGUUCAUAGAGCAAUUGGGGAUUGUAAGGACGCUGGGAUUAGAGUUAUGGUAAUAACUGGAGAUAAUAAGUCAACAGCAGAGGCCAUUUGUUGUCAUUUCACAAGGAGUGAUUUGGAUAAGUUGAAGGCUAUCUUGGGUGUGUAG